AUGCUUUUCCCUUUUUUUCUGCUUUGUCUACAAAAUAUUUUGCUCAUUCCAUUUGGACACUUCAUUUCCCGACCGGAUCCUGUCAGUUCAGAUUCUUACCAAUUGAAAAGGCUACAUAUAUCUAUCUAUCUAUCUAUCUAUCUAUCUAUCUAUCUAUCUAUCUAUCUUAGUUUAUUCAUGUCUAACAGUCUUAGUCUGUUUAUAAUGCAUGAUAUACUAAUUUGUAUAUCUAUCUAUCUAUCUAUCUAUCUAUCUAUCUAUCUAUCUAUCUAUCUAUCUAUCUAUCUACCUAUCUAUCUAUCUAUCUAUCUUAGUUAUUCAUAUCUAUCUAAUAAUAUCAGUCUGUAUAUCUUUAUCUAUCUAUCUAUCUAUCUAUCUAUCUAUCUAUCUAUCUAUCUAUCUCACCAUAUCAACCUGAAUGGUUUAUUUAAUGACGAAAUUAUUUUUAUUGCUGGUAUAUAUUUUAUCUAUCUAUCUAUCUAUCUAUCUAUCUAUCUAUCUAUCUAUCUAUCUAUCUCAAUGCCGAGCGUCGAUAAGAAUAAGAAAAUAAAUCUAUCUAUCUAUCUAUCUAUCUAUCUAUGUCUAUUCGUAACUAUCUAUUUAUCUAUGUUAAUUCAUAUCUAUCUAUCUACAUCUAUUCAUGUUUAUUUGUCAAUCUAUCUACGUCUAUUCAUAUCUAUCUAUCUAUCUAUCUAUCUAUGUCUAUUCAUAACUAUCUAUUUAUCUAUGUACAUUCAUAUAUAUCUAUCUACGUCUAUUCAUAUUUAUCUAUCAAUCUAUCUACGUCUAUUCAUAUCUAUCUAUCUAUCUAUCUAUCUAUCUAUUUAUCUAUCUAUCUAUCUAUAUCUAUCAUGUUUUUUUAAUUCCUCUAUCUAUCUAUCUAUCUUCUAUUCUAUUUAUCUAAUCUAUAUUUCCUUUCCGGUUCCUUCUUAUUCUAUCUCAUCUAUCUAUCUAUCUAUCAUCUAUCUAUCUAUCGAUCUUAGGAAUUAUUUCAUUGUUGGUCUAUCUAUCUAUCUAUCUAUCUAUUUUGGGACAAGGAAAUUAAACCCAUGA